AAGACUCAUGUGCCUGUGCAGCAUAUCGUCCCAAUCAUGUGCUGGUCAAAGCGCAAAUACGAAAUCAUUCGGAUUCUCGCGAGUCUGGGAGUCUAGACUAAUGGAAUGUAUAUACUUACAAUCUCGGCAUCUGGAGAGUCUAAUGUAUCGGAUUCUCAUCUUGCUUUAUCUAUCAGGUGCCUAGGACGUCCUUGACAUUUUGACACCAAUUGAUUUUAUACUCCCGCAACUUUCAAGCUUUGACACUACCAAAACAGAAUCUUCAUUAUGUCCAGUGCCAUACCAUUUAUUCCAUCCGCCUGCUUCACUUUUACCACCAUUCAAUCACAGCCAAACACGCAUGGAAAAAUAGUCAAACUGUCAGCAAUCGACCAAAUCGCUCCAAGAGACUACAUUUCAUCAUGCCUGUUUUUUCCUGUGUCACAGAAUUCGGAUAAGAGACAUAUCUUUCAUCUAUUCGAGCGGGCUCUAGUCAACACGAUCAGUGACAUCCCGGAACUUGCAUGUUCUGUGCGACGGCCCAUCGGAAACGACCGGGAAGAGGUUGAGCUUCUAUUCGAUAGCAAGCAGGGUGCCAGACUCAACUACAGGGAUUACACAGCGCCGGAACUUCGGACUCUAUGGAAGUUCGGUACGUUCCACCAACUUGAGAAGGAUUGUUUUCCUCUCCAUAUCCCAAGACAUAUUAUCUUUGGCACAUCUGCAAAGCUAGUUCCGGGUGCAUGUAUUCCGGCGUUGGUACUUCAGUGUAACUUCAUACCUGGGGGCCUUAUACUCGGAACCUGUCUCCAUCAUGUGGCGGGUGAUGGCGUCUGCAACUUUAUCUUGCACAAGACAAUAGGCAUGCACUUGGCUGCCAUUACCAAAGGACUCGGCCUCCGAACUUUUCCAAUCACGCCUCUUGAUCGAAGCUCAGUUGUUGAGGGUGAACAAGGCGUAGUUCUGGAGGACUUUCCCGACUGGAAGCUCACAGAGACCUCUUCUACCUUCUUGAACCCGACAGAUUACAAAGUUGCUGAGGUUCAGUCUGUGGAGCAUGGGAUAUUCUCCAUCUCUGCCGCGAAGCUCUCCCUACUCAAGGAUCAUGUCCUGAAAGGCGCCACAAAUACGAAGUUGAGCACGACUGAGGCGGUGUGCGCGUUUCUCUGGCGCCAUGUUGUCCUGGCCAGGCAGAUAGACCAUCAUAAAUACCCCGAGGCUAAGCUAUCGAUCACCGUUGACGCGAGAGAGCGAAUGGAAAACCCGCCACUUCCGUCUAAUUAUUGGGGAAAUUUUGCAGAGCCGAAUGCGGUCGCCAGAGCAUCUGUUGCUCGCCUACAGAAUGAAGAAGAUGGAGGCAAGGUCCAUGUGGAGUUGGCGACUAGUGUCAAACGAGCCAUUGCUGCUGUCAACAACAAAGCAGUAAGGCGUCUCGUUGGAAUUCUCAAUCAGAUGCCAAAGAGUACCUCCUUGACUUGGAAUGUUGACCGAUACCCUGGUCCAGACAUGCUCAUAGUCUGUCUUCAAGCGCAUAGAUAUAACGACAUUUAUUUUGGGCGUGAUCUUGGAUACCCAUCUGCAUUUCGGGUCACUGUUGGAGACACUGAGGGGAAGCCUGACGGCCGUUGCAUCAUCCUACCACCACGUCAUGCGGAAGGUCAUGGUCUGGAGCUGAUUUUGCAAUAUGAUAGUUGCACUUUGGAGAGGCUUGAGAGUAAUUCAGAGUUCAGCAAGUUCUUUGUACGUCGUAACUAGUUUGAUAUAAUAAUUAAAGUAUUACUAUUACC